UUUCUUUUCAUCAUGGCAAUGGAACGAGUCCUUCACAUGAAGGGUGGUGUGGGCGAAACAAGCUACGCAAAUAACUCCUUAAUGCAGAGAAAAGUGAUAAAGCAAGUGAAAACUAUGCUCAAAGAAAAUAUGAUAUUGUUGGUGUCCCGCAAAACCUUCAAUGGUUUCUGGAAAAUAGCCGAUUUAGGUUGCUCUUCAGGACCAAAUACAUUUAUAGUCAUCUCUAAUAUCUUGAACAUCAUGCAUAAAAUUAGCUCGAAGUUAAACCAUGACAUAACACCUACAUUUCAAAUUUAUCUCAAUGAUCUAUUUGAAAAUGAUUUCAAUACCAUCUUCAAGUUACUUCCUGAUUUCUACCAACAAAAAAAAGAAGAGAAUGUUGGAGAAUGCUUCAUAAAUGCAACACCAGGAAAUUUUUAUGGACGACUUUUUCCAAAUAAUUACAUCGACUUUUUUCAUUCCUCCUAUUGUCUCCAUUGGCUAUCUCAGGCCCCGAAAAAUUUGGCCAAGAAUGCGGAACCACUUAACAAGGGAAACAUUUACAUCUCAAAAACAAGUUCUCCAUCAGUUUAUGAAGCAUAUUAUAAGCAAUUUGAAAGAGAUUUCAAAUAUUUUCUAAAGUCACGAUUUGAGGAAUUAGCAUCAGAUGGUAUGAUGGUACUAACAUUCAUUGGUAGAGAAGCAACUAACUUCACUUCUGUUCAAGGGGUUGUUGGCAUGGUACUAAACGACAUGGUCCAAGAGGGUUUGGUUGAAGAGGAGAAAUUGGACUUGUUUGAUUUUCCUGCAUACCAUCCAAAUGUACAGGAAGUAAGACAAUUGAUUGAGGAAGAAGGAUCUUUUACCCUUCAAAAUAUUAAGACUUUAAAAAUGGCUUGGGAUGCAAAUCUUGAGAAAGAUGUUGAUUAUGUUGUUGAUAGCAAAAUGAGAGGAGAGAUCAUAGCCAAGUAUCAUAGAGCUGUUUAUGAACCUCUUUUAAUAGCUGGGUUUGGUGAAAAUAUCAUGGAUGAAUUGUUUUCAAGGUUUGCAAAGAUGACUGCACAACUCAUUGAGAUAGAGACUUUGGAGUUUACUAAUAUUGUAUUGUUUGUAACCAAGGAUUCUUGAAGAUGGUAAGAUGAAAGUUGUACUUUAUCCAAGAAUUAAAAUUAGAAUAAGAUGGUAAAAUAAGGCUGCCAUAGUUUGAUGUUUGUCCUUUUGAUUCUUGUAUUAUAUUAUUACAUGGUUUUGGUUUGUCCUACAUUAACCUUGCCGGGAUUUC